GUUUAAAGGGUUUAAGGCUGCUUCAAAGUGACGAAACGCAUUUCAGUCCCUUCUUUCUCUCAAGUUACUCCAUGGCAAAGAACGGUACCGAAUACGAACCCACAUUCACAGAUGACGAUGAUGAAGAAUCCGAAGAGCUCCAAGACUGGAACGAUUGGGAUGCAAAAGAAGAAGAAGAAGAAGAGGGCCCAGACUUCCUGUGUUUCUUCUGUGACUCCAGGUACAGUUCGUGCGAUGACCUCUUCGACCACUGCAGUUCGACCCACCAUUUCGAUUUUCGCGCCAUUCGGAAAGCGCUGGGUCUGAAUUUCUACGGCUCCUUCAAGCUCAUUAACUUCGUUCGCUCUCAGGUUGUGGAAAAUAGAUGUUGGAGUUGCGGGCUAACUUGUCAGUCCAACCAAGAUCUACAGAAUCAUUUGCAUGAAACAGUCAAUUUCAAAGACAUGACACCUCUGUGGGAUAGUGAUGAAUAUCUUAAACCUUUCUUGCAAGAUGAUUCGGUAUUGUAUAGUUUUGGUGAAGAUGAAGAAGGUGAAGAUGACUACACUGCAGUAGUUGACAAGGAGGAACUUAUGAGUGAUUUGAGGCAUUUUGAAGAGAUAUGCAUUGAUCAUGAUAUUCACGUGGAAAAGAUUGCGAUUGAUUUUGAUACCUCUUAUGAAAGUGGGAAAAGCAAUGUUGCUUCAUCAUCCAAUGGCUACUCAAACAAUGAGGGUUCUCCCGGGAAGGUGACUAUCAAUGGUAUGGAUUCAGGAGAACAUGUUGAGUCAGCUGGCAGAAAGACAAAAGAAAAUAAAUUAAGAGCAUAUAUUCCAAAUCAUGGUUCGAAGGAUGUCAAGAAUAUCAAUGAUGAUUACUUUGGCGCUUACAGUUCAUUUGGCAUUCACAGAGAGAUGAUCAGUGAUAAGGUAAGAAUGGAUGCUUAUAGACAAGCUAUUUUAAAGAAUCCCUCUCUCCUAAAGAGUGCUGUCGUGAUGGAUGUAGGUUGUGGCACAGGUAUACUAAGUCUCUUUGCAGCCCAAGCAGGGGCUUCAAAAGUAAUUGCUGUUGAAGCAAGCGAGAAGAUGGCUGCUGUGGCAACUCAGAUAGCGAAAGAUAAUGGUCUUUUGUGGAGUAAGAGCCCUGGUGAUAGUACUAACCAUGGCACUGGGGUAAUAGAAGUGGUUCAAGGUAUGGUUGAGGAGCUUGAUAAAUCCAGACUAAUUCAACCUCAUAGCGUUGAUGUGUUAGUGAGUGAAUGGAUGGGGUAUUGCCUACUUUAUGAGACAAUGCUCAGUUCAGUGCUUUUUGCACGGGAUCAGUGGUUGAAACCUGGUGGUGCCAUUCUCCCUGACACAGCAACUAUUUUUGUUGCAGGAUUUGGAAAAGGAGCUACUAGUCUUCCAUUUUGGGAAAAUGUGUAUGGUUUCAACAUGUCCUGUGUUGGCAAGGAGCUUUUUGAAGGUGCUUCCAAAAUCCCUUUUGUAGAUUCCGUGGAUGAUCAUGGUUUAGUGACCAGUGCUGCUGUUCUCCAGAGCUUUGACUUGGUGACAAUGAAGCCGGAUGAAGUCGAUUUUACUGCAAAUGUUGAGUUGGAACCAAACUUGGGUGCUGCAGCUGGCAGCUUAACUGAUUUGAAAUCUGAAACAACCUGGUGUUUUGGAGUUGUGUUGUGGUUUGAGACUGGUUUUACCAGCAGGUUCUGCAAAGAAAUGCCAGCUGUUUUGUCCACAUCCCCAUAUACUCCCAAAACGCACUGGUUGCAAACAAUCUUGACAUUCAAGGAACCAAUCGCUGUGACAUCAGGAAAAUCUAACAUUGACAAAUCAGCAGCGGUUGGCACUGAAGCUUGUCCUGCUGUGAGAAUUCCUCUGCGUAUAAGCAUUGCCCGGGCUUCUCAACAUCGUAACAUUGACAUUUCCUUAGAAACUGCUGGAGUUGAUCCUCAUGGUCGGAAACGAAACUGGCCUGUGCAAAUUUUUAAUCUAGGUUAGUGUAAUGAUCAAAAUUUGGAAUCCUGAUUGCCCGUGCCGGAGUUGAUCCUGAUUGUGGGAAACACGGUUGGCCUGUGCAACAUAGUAGUCAACAUCAGUCUAAUGAUCCAGACCUAUGAUCAGCCCACUUGAAAUCUUCCGUUUUGGCUGCUAGGGUGGAUUAGGUUUCCAUCAUUGGAUUGUUUCACUUCGAUUUUUCUUCUGAAGAUUUUUGUAGUA